AUGCCUGGGAAGCGUUUUCCAGAUGGGCCCACCUGUGACCAGCCUGAGAGGGUUGCUGAGGAUUGGUGGGACUGUCCAAUCCUGAAAGAGCGUGUGAAAAGGGUGGGGCGGCUGAUAGAAGCUGCUGACGUCAAGAAGGGGGGAAGUGAGAAGCGGGAAAGUGAGAAGGGGGAGGAAGAAAAGAAGGGUGAACCAGAGUGCUUGCCAACAAGAGCAAACACAAUUCACAACUCGCAGGUCAUCCUUUGUUUAGCAAAGGACAUGGCUCGCCGAGGUCGGCUAGGUGCUGACCCAAUCGAAGUGAUCUCCAAAAUGACUUUCCACUACUACAGCCAGCAUCCAGUGUACGCCCAGCUUGUGUCAGAUGUGCGGAUGAAAGUUUGGGCGUACAAUGACGCUUGGAGUCUUCACAAAAUG